AUGUCAGACAUCAAUCUUCAAGAGGUGCACGACUAUCUGGUCGAUGUUGCAAAGCAAGCAGCCAAGAUCAUCACCACUGCGCGUCCCACUACCGCGGCCGCAGGUGAGAAGAAGAAUUCUGUUGAUUUGGUCACCGAAAUUGAUCAAAACACUGAAAGUCUCAUUACCAGACUUGUACACGAGAGAUAUCCCCACUUCGAUUUCAUGGGAGAGGAAACAUACAAACCUGGCGACCUUCUGACUGAUCGCCCGACUCUGAUUUGUGAUCCUGUGGAUGGAACCACCAAUCUAGUCCACAGGUAUCCAUAUGUCAGUAUCUCCCUGGGACUCGCCAUUGAUCGCAAGCCUGUUGUCGGUGUUGUCUACAACCCCUUCACCCAAACCUUGUUCUCCGCCAUCAAGGGCAAGGGCUCCUUCCUGUCUGAUCCUUUCCACAAUCACGUACAACUACCUUUGAAGGAGCCGGAACCUCUUGCUCUUGACAAAGCUCUUCUAGCCGUGGAAUGGGGGAGCGAUAGAGCAGGCCACGACUACGAUGUUAAGGUAAAGACUUUCCGUAAUUUGUGCGCUAGUCCAGAAGAAGGCGGUGCUAUGGUGCAUGGUAUCCGCUCAUUUGGUUCGGCUGCUCUGAAUCUGUGUGGUGUUGCUGCUGGCCACCUAGAUGCCUAUUGGGAAGCAGGAUGCUGGGCUUGGGACGUGUGUGCUGGCUGGAUCAUCCUGGAAGAAGCUGGAGGCCAAAUCGUUGACGCAAACAAAGGCAACUGGCAGCCAAGAGUCGACGAAAGACGAUAUCUGGCAGUAAGGAAAGGCGAGCGUCAAAAUGCUUUCAUCGAAGAGCUCUGGAGUCAUGUUGCAGGAGACCUGAAAGUCGGCAUCUGA